GAUAUCAUGGUUGAGAAUUCGCCGGACUGGAUUCCAGAGGGAUGGACGGUGCAAGUCAAACUGGCAAAGAAUGGCCGGAACGUUAAGGAAAACAAACAAGAAUGCAUUAAGAAGCGUCUGUUUCUAGAUCAUAAAGUUAAACCAUGUCAAACACGUUGAAUCGUUACAGUGUGAUCGAGGUGAUUUUAAGUUAAUGAUCUAGAAAUAGAGGUUUGCUCAUCUUGUACAGCUGGUACACCUCUAUACCAAACAGUAUUACUUCAAUUCAAAAACUGGGCAAAAGUUCUUUUCCAAGAAUGACAUCAUCCGCUAUGUUAAAAGGGGAAGCAUUCAUUGUGAUACUUCUCAACCAAUCAAUAUGCUUAAUAAAAGGCGCUCACAAAACAAAAUAAUGCCACUUGGAAUUAAAACAAAAAAAUUCCCUGACUGGUUACCUAAUGGCUGGAUCCUCGAGUUGAAAACUCAACGGAGUGGUUCAUGUGUUGGUAAACAAUACAAGUGUUAUCUUGAUCCAUCAACUGGAUACAGAUUCUAUUCCAAGCCAGAUGUGUUCCGAUAUCUCAAAACCAUAAAGCACAAUAGUUGCACAUCAAGACAGAAGAAAGUUGAACCUGGCAUGCCUUCUUUAGGCAAGGUUGUAAUUGAAAGGUCUACAGCGGAUGGGUUACCAGCAGGGUGGAUAAAGGAAAUCAAAAUUAGAAUGAAUGAAAAUGGAAUCCGAAGAGACCCGUAUUAUACGGAUCCUGUGAGUGGGUAUGUUUUCCGAUCCAGAAAAGAUGUCUUUCGCUAUCUAAAAACUGGAGAGAUUAGUAGGCAUGCAUUCAAACCAAAGAAUAAGUGCAUCAAUGUUCCGGAAUUGGCAAAUGAUGAGAUCUCUCCACCACCUGGAGCUAAAAGGCAGAAAUUAAUGCACCAGAAAACCAGGCGAUGCCUUUUCUCAGCAACUGCUUCUGCAGAUACAGGAAGUUCUGAAAUGAGCAACUUAUCCUUGCCAGAAAAUCAGGGCUCAAGGCAAACCAAGCAGCUAUUUUCUAAACCUAAGUUUGCUUUGGAGCCCCCAACUGAAACUCUCCAAGAGAAGCUUCUGGUGGAGAAUGAAAAAUAUGCUGAAUCUAAGAAAAGCUCUGGUAGGAGGAAUUCAGAUCUGCAAAAGGACAAAGGUUCCAAGAGAAAAUCAAAAAACAAAGACUGUAACUUGCCUUGCCGUUCAUCAAAACGGCUUGCUGGGCUCAAACCCGACCUGGUAGGCAACUCAGGAUCCAGCGAACAGGCUCUUGCAGUUGCAGAUAAGAUCUCUGGUAAAAGUGAAGUAAUUCCAGCUCUAGGUGUGAUAAUGGGCAGUUUGGACAAUACGGCAUGUUGUCAACUUGAGGUUGUCCUAGAAGCAGAGCCUGGACAUCAUGCUUCCAGAGCCAUAGAAGCUCCAUCAGAUGUAGAGCAAUCAAAGAAAGAUAAUAGGCAUCUUGAAGAUGAAGCUGUUCAAGAAGAGGAAGCUGGGAAACUGGAGACAGGGAAAAAGACUGGUGAUGAGCCGGAGCUGCCACCAAUGGACUUCCCUUUUAUGGAUGUCUGGUCAGAUCCGUGCCUAGAAUUUGCGUUCAAAACUCUCACGGGUGCUAUACCCAUAGAAGAUAAUCUGGAAAUUGAGGGUUACUUUCAGCAACAAAUUGACUCUUCUCACACCCAGAACAGUAGCCCGACACUGCCAGAUUUUGGUUUACCAAGUUCCCAGUUUGAUGCACAAGAAAAAUCUGUACCCAGACAGCACUUUGCUUCAAAACCAUCAGUUUUGCCCAAGGAAAUGUAAGCUUGCCCGGUUGCAGUGGAAUCAGUCAUGGACAAUGUAGCCUGGAGGGGAACAAGGAAUAUCCUACCAGGGUAAACUAGUUGGGGGGAGGAGGCUUAGCUUUUCCACUAGAAGCAAUGCUAACCAUAUAACUUUUUGAGCCAAAUAUCAACUUUUAGAUGAAACACUGCUUGCUAUAAACGCUCAGUAUCUUAGGUUUCUUUCUUUUUUGUGUCAAGAUGACAUGGUAGAACAGUGCCUCUAUACUUUUUGGCCACUUUUUUGAUUUGUACAAAAGAAAAAUGGCAAUUAAUGCUACCUGACUCUGAAAUCUGUUCAUAGAAUUCAACUAUGAGACUGCACAUGGUGAACAGUAAGCAUUCUGGGUA